GUGGCCAAGAGCUGUAUGAAUAUUACACGCAGAUUGGGACCCUGAAAAAGAAGUCAACUUCAGAUCCGGAGACUCCCUCUCAACCCAUCGCCAUGGAAAGAUACGUCUCUGCCGUCCGCAAGAUGGAGCAAACGGUGAUGUUUCCCAGCCUCCUCCUCGGAGUCUCCUUGGAAGACCAGGCUGGAACAUUCGAGACCAACUCGAGCAACGGAGACUCCAGCGAGAGAGACCUGUAUGAAGAUUACACUCUGCUAAAAGCCAUCAAGGGCAGGGCAGAGGGUGGCUUAGCAGCCCUUGACUUCCAGAAUCCCAGCCUCAAGGAAGAGGAGAGCAAAGAGAAGGCUGAUCUGGAAGAUCUCUUCCAUUACCACGUGUCUGGCUUGCACCGCGUCCUCACCCAGCUGACGAGGAGGGCCAACGCCCUGACUUCCAAAUACAAUGAAAUCAUGGGGCAGAUCAACCAGAACGAAAUCUCUCUCCGCUGGUGAGACACACGCCAAGGACACCAAAGGGCAACCUGCAUUUCUGAACCUGCACAUGUGUACAACUUGGGUCCUCUGUCUGAGGCUGUACAAAGGAGACUCUCAAUGGACAAUCUAGAGACCUUGACUGCAGCAUCUACCCCAGAACGUUGUGUAGCAUGGACUUUACUUGAAUAAGCCAAGCACUGAUAUUUGUGAAUGUAAUUGCUAUCUAUAUUAUAUUUGUGAACAAAACAGCUAUAUGUACGGUAUUUAUGGAUAUCUAUAAACUCCAUGGCAAACGUAUGCCUUGGGUUUCUGCUGCUUUC